AACGAAAUAAACAAAUUGGGGUCCUUUUUGGCGAUAGGCUAGCUGUCGAAAAGAUACUACGAGUCACAUUGUUUUACACAAAUGUGGUAAAUUGUCAAAAGUAACACCAAUAUAUUUCGAUAAGCGUAUUAGAGGAAUGUUGAUCAGAUAGAAGCUUCAUUCGGUUUACUCAUUUACGUCCUAACUGGCCCAGUAGUUUUGUUUUUGAACGUCGAAGGGUGUGUUUUUCGGCCGUAACGUUAGCGCUAGCGAAGCAAACAAGCUAGUCCUCAGACCCACGUAAUUCUGAUAUUUAGCCAAAUAAAAUAAGAGGGAGGCGUUGAUGAGCAACAAUGUCUGGCAUCGCUCUUAGCAGACUGUCCCAGGAGCGCAAAGCCUGGAGAAAAGACCACCCAUUUGGUUUUGUUGCUGUGCCUACUAAGAAUCCUGAUGGGACCAUGAAUCUGAUGAACUGGGAGUGUGCCAUUCCAGGAAAGAAAGGAACCUUGUGGGAGGGAGGUCUCUACAAACUCAGAAUGCUGUUCAAAGAUGACUACCCCUCCUCACCACCCAAAUGCAAGUUUGAGCCGCCAAUAUUCCACCCAAAUGUCUACCCAUCAGGCACUGUGUGUCUGUCCAUCUUGGAGGAGGACAAAGACUGGAGGCCAGCCAUCACCAUCAAACAGAUCCUGUUGGGGAUCCAGGAGCUGCUGAAUGAGCCUAACAUUCAAGACCCAGCACAAGCAGAGGCUUAUACAAUUUACUGUCAGAACAGGAUGGACUAUGAGAAGCGGGUACGGGCACAGGCCAAGAAGUUUGCCCCCACAUAGAGAGGAGUGCUGACCUCUAUCCUGCCAGAGCAGCCUGAACUGAUAGGGGUUUCAAACAGGAGGCAGGCAGCACCUGAAGGACCACUCCAAUAAGAAUCCAGUUUUGAGUAUUAUUAUACUAUUACAAAGAUGACAAGUGAGCCUGUUUUCUUUCUUUCCUUCUUCUUUCUUUCUUUUCUUAAACAACAAAAGAUCAUAAUUUUACCUGUCUUCAAGAAAUAUUUAUGCAUUUUAAUGCAUAGCUGAUCAUCAUAGAAACUCUGCUGUCAUCAUGACCUUUGCUAUUUGUAACUCUUGUAUAAUCCAUAUCUCCAGUUUUGACAUGAGUGCUGCUAAGCUCACUCAUGCCUCCAUUAAUUCUGUAAAUCAUGCUAAUGUACUGACAGCGCUUUAGAAAUAAGAUUUCAUGUCAAAACCACUCUCUGUGUAAUGUUGAGUCGGCCAUGGCAGAGUGUUUGCCUAUUUGUAAUCUUCCACUUUUUAUCAAAGCAUCAAACCCAGGAAAUAUUUGUAGAUAGUGUUUCAUGAAUACAGGUGUAAACUGGGACAAAGCAGUCAGAAGCACAAAGGAAGUCAGUCCUUUCUUUGUGCUCUUGAUGCCGUCUUUCAUUCCUAUCAAAUAUCCUUCACAUCAGACUUUCCCAAAAAAGUAUCAACAAAGUAACAUUAACACAUCAGAUUCAAGUAAAAGACAAUCCUGGCACUUUUAUGUUGGUUGCAAGCUAAAACGUAUCAGUUACAGUAUGAAGGUUGGAGAUGGUGUUCUGUGAAACAAAGAUAAACUUAGUGUUAAGUUUCUUUUUGUGAAUCCAGCUGGGAAUUAAUCUGUGUGUCACUUACAGUCACAUUCAACACCAGUGUGUCAUCUGCUUCCCAUCAUGCUAUACUAUGAGAUAGAGGAGAAUUUGCAUAGUAAAAAUAAUAAGAGCUGUUGCUGUGUGUUUGUUUUGGCUCUAUUCAUUCAGUCAUUUUAAUCCCACAGUGUUUAUAAAAUUUAAAAUCUCUUAAAAAUCCAAAACCUGUUAUAUGUACAACUGGCCAACAGAAGCUGAAGGAUCCUCAUUGGAAUGGCCUCUCAACCAGCAAGGAGGGCAGACGAAAGUGCACUUGAGAGUAAAGUGAAGGCCUGAGAUUUUUUUGCCUCUAAAUAUAUGAGUGCAUGUACAUAAUAUAAAUAAUGAAAAAUUGUGGAAGUUAUGUUUUAUAUUGUUUUAGCCAGUUGACAUUUGUGUGUGGUAUUAUAACAAAGAACACAAUAAAUGGCAUACAAUUGUGAAAUAAAGUUGAAUAAAAGAACAAAAUGUAUUUGUUUUUACUGUGAAGAAUACGUAAGAGCUAUUGUGAGUCAUUUUCUUGGAAUUUUGUCCUAUUUUCUCUAAAUGUAUCUUAUUGGUUUGUCUUAAAAUCUUAUAUUUAGUACAAAUUUUUACUUAAUUUUCAACCAACUACAAUCAGCAUAAAGUGACCUUGUAUCUGUCCUGUGAUAGAGCCAUUACAAAUCACUGGUGGUGUUUUUGGUGGUAAAUGCUAUAGAAAGUAAUUUUUCUUAGGGAACUUAAAAGUUUCUGCUUGUAACUGUGAGAUUUCAGCCAAUACAUUCUUCCAGAUGUUUUCUUUAUUUGUGCAUUCACCAUUGUCACUGAGAGCAUAACAAUUGUGCACAAUAAAUUAGUGUAUUUGUGCCCUU